CGGACAUGGCUCACCUCCGGGGAUUCGCUCACCAGCACUCGCGCAUGGACCCGGAGGAGCUCUUCACCAAGCUGGACCGUAUUGGGAAGGGCUCCUUCGGGGAGGUGUACAAGGGCAUCGACAACCGCUCCAGGGAGGUGGUGGCCAUCAAGAUCAUCGACCUGGAAGAGGCCGAGGAUGAGAUCGAGGACAUCCAGCAGGAGAUCACCGUGCUCAGCCAGUGCGACAGCCCCUACAUUACCCGCUACUUCGGCUCCUACCUUAAGAGCACUAAGCUAUGGAUCAUCAUGGAGUACCUGGGCGGCGGCUCGGCGCUGGACCUGCUCAAGCCGGGCCCCCUGGAGGAGACCUACAUUGCCACCAUCCUGCGGGAGAUCCUGAAGGGCUUGGACUACCUGCACUCAGAACGCAAGAUCCACCGUGACAUCAAAGCUGCCAACGUGCUGCUGUCUGAGCAGGGGGAUGUAAAACUGGCCGACUUCGGGGUGGCAGGGCAGCUCACCGACACGCAGAUCAAGAGGAACACAUUCGUGGGCACCCCUUUCUGGAUGGCGCCCGAGGUCAUCAAGCAGUCAGCCUAUGACUUCAAGGCCGACAUCUGGUCCCUGGGGAUCACAGCCAUCGAACUGGCCAAGGGGGAGCCCCCGAACUCGGACCUGCACCCGAUGCGCGUCCUCUUCCUCAUCCCCAAGAACAGCCCGCCCACGCUGGAGGGCCAGCACAGCAAGUCCUUCAAGGAGUUUGUGGAGGCCUGCCUCAACAAAGACCCCCGAUUUCGGCCCACCGCCAAGGAGCUCCUGAAGCACAAGUUCAUCGCCCGCUACACCAAGAAGACAUCCUUUCUCACCGAGCUCAUCGACCGCUACAAGCGCUGGAAGUCGGAGGGCCACGGGGAGGAGUCCAGCUCGGAGGACUCAGACAUUGAUGGCGACACGGAGGAUGGGGACCAGGGUCCCAUCUGGACCUUUCCCCCAACCAUCCGACCGAGCCCCCACAGCAAGCUGCACAAGGGCUCCGCCCUGCACAGCACGCACAAGUCCCUGGAGCCUGUGCAGAGGCAGCCGAGGUCCCAGAGCCUGGCCACGCUGGUCCGGCCUGUCUUUGGAGAGCUCAAGGAGAAGCAGAGGCAGUGCGGUGGCCGAGCGGGCGCCCUUGAGGAGCUGGAGAAUGCCUUCAGCCUGGCGGAGGAGUCCUGCCCCGGCAUCUCGGACAAGCUGGUGGCCCACCUGGUGGAGCGGGUGCAGAGGUUCUCGCACAACAGAAACCACCUGACGUCCGCCCGCUGAGGCCCCUAUUGCUCCUUGGUGGACUGGGGGCGCCGCCCGAGUCUCUCCAGCCCACCCUGGGGCGGCAGCCAGAGCCGCUGGGUCGGGAAGGGCCGCCUGUGAGCCACCUGGGAAGGGAAGCUGCCUCAGGCUUGCCUCUCGGCUCCUGGAUAUGGAAACCUGGCUGUUCCUUCCGGCCGCCUGCACUGAGGCAGAGCUAGGGCCCCUGGUCCUCCCAUCAGAUGAGGGGGCCAGGGUGGAGGACCCUGCCCCUGCCCCCACCCUGCUCCCACGUGCUCGUGUCCCAUGUGCUGUUUUUUAAGGAAACUGACUGUGUCCCCUCCCGUGUCCCAAGGUUAGGCUGUUAGUGCUCAGGACGGCUUCAAUAAAGACGUGACCUGGCCUCCA